UUGGCGCUCUUCAAUCCUGACCGUCCUGGCGCGUUUUUGAAAGCGUAACACAACGUCAAGAAACAUGUAUAUGGACUUUUUUUACUCGGAAUUAUUCGCAGAUUGAGCGGCUAACGGGGUUUCCUCUCGGGUUCGUGUAACCGGGGCCGACAAGUGGAAAAUGUUUGGGGCACUUUCGAGGAGCGGAGCCGCUUUGAGAGGAGCAGCCGGCGGUGUCUGCUAGCUUGUUGUUCUACAUUGUAUACGACUGGAAAAAACAAACAGCUGGACGCCUCACACGAUGAACUUUGCCUCUAAUGUUAAUUCUCACACAUACGGAGAAGUGUACAAUAAAAGGCGAGAAGGGGGUUUCCUCUAAAGCUGAAGGAAGUUACCUGCUCUGUAUUAUCGGUCUUAAAUUAUGGCUGGUGUUGUGGCUAUGGCAUCUGUCAUCGAGGACUUUGACACCCAGCCUUGCAAGAAAUCUCGCAAAGAUGCUGUCAGUCCCGUCGUCAAGACAAUCACAAACUAUUUCUCACCUGUGCCAAAGCCUGCAGAGAAACCCUUUUCUCCUCCUCGCUCCAACAACAUCAGGGACUACUUCAGCCGGAAGGCUCCGUCCUCUAAGGAUAAAAGCGGCUCACCCGAGCAAUCAAAAGAGAACUGUCAGACAUCUCAGCCUGCAGAGAAACACACGGUGAGAGAGGCAGGGGCGAAACAGCCGACUCAGAAACGGAGCCGAAAGGCCAGCAAAGCAGCAAGGAAAUUGGUGGAGGCUGAACCUGUUAACUCCACAUCGGAUGAGAGCUGCAUGAUUGUGGAAGAGCAACAUGAUAGCAGAGACUCAGCAGCAGGAGCAAUAAGCAGCUGUGGCAUUCUUGGCAGUGAUGCAGCGGCCCUGCUGGUCCAGCUCAGCGCCGAGGCUUGUAUCUCUCCGGGAAAAUCGGAAGUGAAUGACUCUGAAACUGUCGGCUUCGAGCAGGCUAAAAAAUCCGAAAGUCAUCAUGAGGAUAGUUCCAAACAUAAACCAGAAAUUGAAUGUAUCCAAUUAUCGCCAAUUGCACCCCAAAAAGAGAAAGCAAAACAAGUCAAAACUGUUGCAAGAAAUUCUCGAAAAAGGCUGCAACAGGAGGAAAAGGAUUCAAAACCAGAGGAGAAAGAGAAUGAGAGUUCCUUGUGUGAUGUCAGUAUGGAAGUCAACGUGGAUGAGACUUCUCAGCUGAACAGCACGGUCACCAUCUCCUUCGAGGAUUUUGUGCGGAGUCAGGGUCAGGAUGGGGUGGAAGGAGAGGACACAAGAGAUGAACGGGGCAAAGCAGGUGACGGUGAGAUCACAACAGAUUCAGAAGAAAUGGACAUUGAGCAGAUGGAAAUCUCUAAAGCUGAGGAAAAGGUUGUUUCUACGGAGCCAAUACUACAAGUCUCACCUCGAACACUAACCAUCCAGGCUGAAGUGCAUACAGUCUCACCCAAAACGGACGCUAAGGCUGGAGGGAAGGUAGCUUCCAUCUUCAACAGGAGGAAAGGAGCGGCGAGUCCUGCUGAAUUAAAAUCAACUUCAGAGAUGGAGGCUGGAAAACAACUUCCUUCUCCCUCUCUGACUGUCAAGCGGAAAUCCAAUGUGGUUCUUCAGGAGGAAGAUCUAGAGCUCUCUGUGCUCGAGAGCGAAUCCACGGCAAAGUGCAGCGACGCGGAGAGGAAGCAGUUCAUGGCGGCCUUCAAACGGCCCGGUGUGGAUGGGUCCAAAACCAAGCCUGCUAAGAGCCAGGGCAAGCAGAAGCAAGCCGGGGAGGAGGCAGAGAAAGUGGCUGAGGAGGACGACGAAAGACAGACCUCUGUCGAGCAAGAGCCUGCUCCCUCUGUGGAAAACAAAGCUGCGAAAAAGAAGAAACCAGCAAAGAAAGGCAGACGGAAAGGUCAAGAAAAAGAGGCUGUCACCCCUCUGCCUCCUGCUCCUGUGGAAGAAACAGUCGCCCACAGUGUUGAGGUCGAUGAUAAGAAAGAGGAACUUCCCAUGACCUCUACUCCUUGCAUCCCAGCAGUAAGGAGGUCCAGGAGGGAGGCUGCUGUUAGAAAAACACCCGAGGCCACUCUGACAACUCCUAUAAGAAAGACCAGGAAACAAAUCGAGUCGAAGGAGGACGCUGCAGCUGCUGAUUUACCCGACGACAGCCCUGCAGACGUGUCCACCCCAAGGAGACGCCGGUCCAAACACGGAGUCUUUGUAGCAGAGAUGCUGUGCCCACCUGACAAACAACAAAGUCCAAUCAGGAUCAAGUUCACGAGAGUUCAGAGGAAUGUCUCCUCGACCAAACCUGAAAGUGGAAGUGGCAAAAACACACCUGUGGCUGCUAAAGCAUCAAGUGAUGCUAAAAAAAGGAAGCAGGCGAAGAAGUUGGUGGAGAAAGCCAAAGUGAUUCAGCAAAGUAAAAAAGCUGUGGUCAAGGAGAAAGGCACCGUAAGGCGAUCGUCACGAGCCGAGGCCUCCGCCAAGAGGAGCUACUGUGAAGACGAGGAUUCUGUGAUUUGUCUGGAGGAAAGUCAGUCUGAAGCACCUGAAAAGACUCAGAAGUCUUUACGAAGUCUAAAUGACGUUCUGGGAAAAGCAACAUCUGCAGGCUCCAAAGUGUCGUCGCUGGCUCAAGAGAAAUCUGCCCGUAAGGUGUCCAUCUUUGAUGACAGCAGCCACGACGGCUCUGAGAGCACGCAGGAUGACGAGCAGUUCAGGGCGCGCAGAGAGUUCCUGAAGAGCGGCCUGCCCGAGUCUUUUAAGAAACAGAUCGCCAAGACCGCUGCGAGCAAGGAGGCGUACUCGCUGUCCUGUUCCUCCUUUCAGCCAGUGAUUCACGUACAGCAGCAACUAAUCGAUCGUCCUCUUUGGAGUCUGCUGUGGCCAGAGCCUUCGUCACUGCGUCAUCUUAAAGAGCUCUGGUGCCAAACAUUCAGCCCACUCCAACCCGUCUGUGGCGUCCUCUGCACGAAGACAAAACCCGCCUGCAGAGCCUCUUUUGAACGAGGUUCUGGUUGGAGGCCUGAGAUCUCUGAAGGUGCUCGUCAGCUUCUCAUGGAAGAGGUCCGAAAGUCAAACCCGUCCUUCCCGGUUCAGAUGUUCCUCAGUCGCUUCCUGAAGAGACGCACUGACCACCAGCAGCAGAGCACGGCCUCAGUAGAGCCAGAGGCUGCAACGAAAGACCCGAGUUCAGCAGGAGGGAAGAGAAAGAGGGCGGACGAUGACGGGGAAACAACAGUGAAGGUCGCUAAGAAGCAACGUGCCAACUCUACGCAAGAGAAGAUUUCAACGUCUGAGCCCGAGCUGACAAAAAGGGGAGGCCGUACGAGGCGAGGGCAGAGAGCCAAGCAGGAGGACGGGGGGACUGAGAAAACCAAGCCUUCAGUUAAAGCUUCUCCCAUCCCACCUGAAGACGACUCUGUGGUCGUGGUCGAUGACGUCCUUUUGGUAGAUGAUGAUGCAGAGAAAAAAGAUGUGGUGAAGGAGGACGUGUUAUGGACAGACAAAUAUCAGCCCCAGCACUCGAGUGACAUCAUCGGAAACCCCGCUUCAGUGAGGAGGCUGCACAGCUGGCUCAAGGAAUGGAAACUCCGUACGGACAGGGAAGAGAGGAAAAAGCAGAAAGAGAAGAAACAAGAGGAAAGCAGCAAUGACUCAGACUGCGGAGAAGACGACUCCCAGGACGGAGACGACAUGUUGUGCAACACGAUGAUCAUCACAGGACCCACUGGAGUAGGAAAGACUGCCGCUGUUUAUGCUUGUGCUCAGGAGCUCGGCUUCAAGGUGUUCGAGGUGAAUGCUUCUUCUCAGCGGAGUGGCCGUCUUAUCCUGUCCCAGCUGAAGGAAGCCACACAGUCGCACCAGGUGGACAGUCAGGGGGUCAACGCCCACAAACCCACCUACUUCAACAGCUACGGCACGAGCAGCAGCGCCGGAAUCAUGAGGGCAGGGUCCUCCCCCAGGAAGAUCAACUCUCCUCGUCGGGUGGUUUCCUCUCCCAGGAAACAUCCCCAGUCCCCAAGAGGUGCUAAAAGAGGAGGCUUGGCUCCCACGGCUUUAGCUAACUUUUUCAAAAUGGGCGGACCCACCAACAAGGAGACGCCUAACACUAAGAAGAACGAGCAAACUGAAGCAUCCAAGAAAGACGUGAAAGCGAAUGAUACUGCAAAUAAGCGCAAAGCCUCAGUCGUCAAAUCAGCGACAUCCACCACCCCUAAAGAGAAAAGUAACGAGGAGCAGAACAAGAAGACAGCAACCUCGCUCAUCCUGUUCGAAGAAGUGGAUGUGAUUUUUGAUGAUGACUCUGGUUUUCUGGCUGCCAUCAAAACAUUUAUGAGCACCACCAAGAGACCGGUCAUCCUCACGACCAGCGAUCCGGCUUUCAGCUCCAUGUUUGAUGGAAACUUUGAAGAGAUCCUUUUCAAAUCUCCGUCAGUGGUGGAUGUGAGCAGCUUCCUGAGGCUGUUGUGUCUGACCGAGGACGUCAGGACGGACCAAUCUGACGUCAGCUCUCUGCUCCGACUCAACGACUGUGACAUCAGGCAGAGUUUACUGCAGCUGCAGUUCUGGACUCGCAGUGGAGGAAGAGGACACCACAGUGUGACUGGGCCAUUGACCCAAGCUUGCAAAAAUGCUGAAACAAAACCAGAGACGGAUGAAAAGGCAGCGUGCACUCUUCCUCCCUGCGACAGCGGCUGCACUGAGAGCUUGCUCGGUCUGCUGAACUCAGAAACAGAGAGAGACAUGUGGCAGCUGCUCGAGAGCCGGAGUCUGGUGGAGGAGGAGUUGUGCUUUGAGCGGCUGACGAACAGCAGGCGACGAGGAGUGGACCUGCUCUAUUCCAACAUGGAGAUGCUGUUACCUGUACCAUGCACACAGCUGACUACCUCUACCUACAAGCUGCCGCUGCCUCCUCCUCCAUCUCAGGACCCUCCCUCUGAUACACUGCCGUCACACCAGAGGUUGUUGCUCACGUCGGAGUCAGCAGACUUCUCAGAUGAUAGCAGUCCAGUUAAAAUGUCCAACAGAAUGAGGAAGAACAAGAGGAGGCAUUGUUUACCUGAACGGGAAGGACUAGACUCGGACUCAGACUCAGAAGACAAUUUUCUGUCUCUCCGCAAGCCGCAGGAAGCUCCUCCAGCAAAGGAGGAAACCACACAGAGUUUAGUCUCAGAGAAGGUAAAGAGGACGCCGCUGACUCCUGAGGAGCGGGCUAAAAGUCUCCCAGUGUCCCGGGGUCUAGAAUCAAUGGCAGACUUCUUUGAUAACAUGUCCUACAUGGACUCCUCCCUGUUAGUCCGAUCAGAAGGGGUUGACAGUGCUCAGAGAAGGUCACAAACCGGUGCAGUGGUGAAAGAUGGGAUGACCGACGAGCCAAGAAUUGACAUGGGCCGAGUGAGCGGGGAGCUCGUCUGGGAGAUCCCGGCUGCUGUGGAGGCUCUGAGCUUCCAGAAGUGUCGGGUUUCGGUGGCGGAGGCGUGGGAGAAAGCACAACAUCUGGAGGGUGACGUUGGAAAGGAGGCCGCGGCAGAACUCAGCCUCCCUGUGGCCGCUCACCGUGAAGGUUUCAGCUUCUCUCAGGACGGCUUGUGUCGAACACAGCUGGUCCAGCGGAGGAGAGAGGUGAUGGAGAGUCUGAUGGUCAGAGGAGUAUUUGGUUCUCUCUGUAACAGACCUGCAGCUGCUCUCGACUAUAUGCCGGCCCUGCGCACCAUCUGCAGAUCGGAGCAGUUGAAGGAGCAGGGCAAGGUCAAACGAAGGUUCCUGCACUACCUCGAUUCAGUCAGCCUGGGUCUUGAAAAGAGCACUCUGCAGCACCUCGCUGAAGACUUCCCUUGAAGAGAAGACGACGUGUCCUAACUUAAAAAAAAAAAAACUGUCCUUAAAGUGGGGCGCAAUGUUUUUUAAAGGUCACACUUAAACGUUGUGUUUGCAGCACAAAGAGUCGCAGUUGGGCUAAAGCAUGAAUCAGCGUUGCCGGCCUCUCGUCUCUUCUUGGUGCUGGGCUGCAGCAGGAGUCGGUGUUUGUGCACAAAGGUGAAGCUUUUCCUCCGAGAUACAAAUGACUGAAUCACUGCAUACAGGAGAGGAAGUGUCACCUGAAGGCGGCACUCCUAAUCGCCCUCUGGGACUUUGGUGCUCAUUAAGAAUGCACUAAUAACUACUUUGCAAGGUUUUUUUGUAUGAAGCUGUUGAGGAGUGUUUGAUUUGUACAGUAGUGUUUUACACAUUCACAAUCUACCAGCCUCCUUUGCAUUUUGCAAAGUGUUUUUAUCGAAUAGAAGUGUGUGUCUUUAAGGAUUUGUAUGAGAUUCAUAUGUAAAAUAGUUUGUGUCUGUACCUGUAAGUUGUAAUCCUCCACACAAAGAACCACAAUGCACUCAGACUUUCUGCUUCUCUUUGAGUUCAAGAGGGCGGACAGCUUUCAGCAGAGAAUCCUGCUUUAUCUGUUUUAGCCUUAAAUGUCACCUGAACACUCAUAACAGUUUUUUUUUCUUCUUGAUUUCAAUUUGAGCAUUUUGUGCUUUGUAGCCUUUAAUCUGUACACCUUUUCACUGUGGGUUUUGUUGUGACUAAAUAAAGGUUUAUCACAACCAAAUGAA